AUGAAGAUCCUUAUGCUUUUGGGAUUGGUGGCUGUUGCUCUAUGUGAGCCGAUCAAAUUUGUGGACUUCUGGAAGCCUGGUAGUCCUGACCUUGUGACCAUUGGCUUGACUGUUGACAUUCACGUUCCUGCAGCCCGGCUUGACAUGGUCUUUACCAUUUUACAGCAAAGUGGCACGGAAGACAGGAUGUGGAGAAAGACCCAGUCCAGGAACAGUGUUAACAGCUGUAUUGGUACUGACCCCAACAGAAACUUUGAUGCUGGAUGGUGCACAACUGGAGCUACAAACAACCCUUGCAGUGAAACCUACUGUGGAAGCAGCAUAGAAUCUGAGAUUGAGUCCAAGAAUUUGGCCAACUUAAUCUGCUCCAACAAGUCCAUCAUCAAGUCCUACCUGACUAUCCACUCAUAUUCCCAGAUGCUCCUUUUCCCCUAUUCCUACAAAUAUGAUCUGGCUGCUCAUCACAGUUGGUUGCUGAGUGUGUCUCAGGGAGCUAUUGCAGCUCUGCAUUCCCUGUGUGGAACCAGACACACUAGCGGCCCUGACGCUGUGACCAUCUACCCUGCUGCUGGUGGCUCUGGCAACUGGGCUUAUGACCUGGGUGUGAAGUACUCCUACACCUUCGAGCUGAGUGACGAAGGUCGUUAUGGAUUCCUGCUGCCUGAGUCUCAGAUCAAGCCAACUUGUGAGGAGACCAUGCUGGCUGUCAAAAACAUUGCUAACCAUGUACUCAACAACAGAUUGAAGCAUCUAAUAAAAGCUUGAC